AUGAAAAAGGUUCGGCAACUCGGAUACGAGGCGGUGCAAUGUUCCGCGCUGGGUCCAAUUGAACCCGCCGCACUGAAAAACAUUGCUGACGGUGAAGGUAUCAGUAUCAUUGCGACACAUACAAGUUACGAACGGAUGCGUGACGAACCACAAUCUGUUAUUGACGAGCAUCAAUUGUGGGGAUGCAAGCAUGCCGCAAUUGGCGGACUUCCCGGCGAAUACCGGACUGCUGAAGGAUAUGCCAGAUUUGCGAGAGAGGCAUCGGAAGUCGCGGCGCGCCUUGCUGAAGGAGGUUUGACGUUCUCCUAUCAUAACCACAGUUUUGAAUUGGAACGCCAUAACGGGCGUACGGGGUUAGAGAUUCUGUAUGCGGAAAGCGAUCCGAAUUACUUCAAGAGUGAACUGGAUACGUACUGGAUUCAGCACGGGGGUGGCGACUCAGCAGCGUGGAUUCGCCAAUUAAAAGGACGCGCCGAUAUCAUCCAUCUCAAAGAUAUGGCAAUGCAAGGCUCUACACAACGUUUCGCAGAAAUCGGUGAAGGCAACCUUAAUUGGGCGGAGAUUCUGAACGCUUGUAUCUACGCAGAGGUCGAGUGGUAUAUUAGACAUUAUAACGAUUAA